AAGACGGUGGCCGUGAACCGCGUGGCGCGGCGAGAGUUUGAGAUCUUGGACGAGUACGAGGCUGGCAUCGCCCUCGUGGGGACAGAGGUCAAGUCUUGCCGCGCCGGGAAGAUGAACCUGCGCGACGGCUUUUGCUCUGUCAAGGCGGGCGAGUGUUGGCUAGAGAAUGUCAACAUUGCGCAGCACGGUGCGUACCAGCCCUGGCCAAACCCAACGCCGUUGCGCCGAGCUAGGUUGCUGCUGCACAAACGCGAAAUCCGCAAGAUCGGGCAGGCGGCCGCCGCACCGCUGGAUUCGAGAUGGUUGGGGGGCGGCCUGACGGUGGUGCCGCUCUCGGCGUACUUCAACGCGCGCUCGUGCCUCAAGCUCAAGAUCGCCGUGGCGAGGGGGAAGAAGCUGCAGGACAAGCGCGAGACCAUCCGGCGCAGAGAGCAGGACCGCGAGGUCAGGCGGCAGAUCAAGCAG